AAAGUCCAAGGACCUAGUAUACUUCUUCUCCACCCCGUCGCGACUGUAACAACACUACGACGAUCACCCUGAUCAACAAGAUCACCGCCAAUCAUUCCUCUUGCUCCAUCAUGCGCCCCGCGCAAGCCCCUCUCCAGUUAUCUCCAACAUCGCCACGAAGACACACAGCAAUGACGCUAGCACAAAUAUCUGGACAGUUCUUCCAACCUCUUACCACGAGGCCUCGUCGCGAACACGCCAGAAGUUUGAUGAUGAGUAGGGCACGCUGGCGGAAAGAAAAUCGAAAACGGAGAGCAGACUUACCACAACUUCAAGGGAGAAGGACGAGAUCGUGCCUGAGAAGUGGUACAGUACAUCAGAAACGUACCAAUGAUGAAGUACAGUGGGAGGUAAUUAAGGACCAACUGAGAGGUCAAUCUGAAAAUGGAAAAGCUGGAGCAUGAAACAGAGGACUUGGUACCUUUUCUAAAGGUUGAAACUGGAAUCUCCAGACCGCGCUUGCCACUACAAGGAUGCCACUUUGGAGUAAGUUGGGUUAGUGCUAACGCUCAUAUCUA